AUGGAGCAGAGAUGUCCUCCUCUCAGAACCUCUCAGAACCAGUCGUGCGUUUGGGAGUCUGAGGACACGCUCUCGCUGCUGCUCUGUGUGCUCAGGUCCCUGGAGGCCUGGGCCGGUCUAGGGCAGCUGGAGGACUACCUCUCAGUGCUGGAGUAUGUCCUCUGGGUCUUCACUCCUCUGGCCGUGGUCUUCAUCCUGCCCUUCAUCAUUGUCAUCCUCCUUUACUUCUCCAUCCUCUUCCUCCACGUCUACAAGAGGAAGAACCAGCUGAGGGAGGCGUAUAGCAACAAUCUGUGGGACGGAGCGCGGAAAACACUGGCCACGAUCUGGGACGGGCACGGGGCCAUCUGGCACGGGUACGAAGUCCACGGUCUGGAGAAGAUCCCAGAGUCUGGUCCGGCUCUCAUCGUGUAUUACCAUGGAGCCAUCCCCAUCGACUACUACUACUUCCUGGCAAACGUGGUUCUGCAGAAGGGACGCACCUGUCACUCUGUGGCUGACCACUUCCUCUUCAAGAUCCCAGGCUUUAAGCUGCUGCUGGAGGUGUUCAGUGUGAUCCACGGGCCCCAGGAGGAGUGUGUGAGGGCCCUCAGGAGCGGACACCUGCUGGGCAUCUCUCCCGGCGGAGUGAGGGAAGCUCUGUUCAGCGACGAGACCUACAAGCUGCACUGGGGCAAGAGGAAGGGCUUCGCUCAGGUGGCCAUCGACGCACAAGUGCCUAUCAUUCCUAUGUUCACUCAGAACGUCCGUGAAGGCUUCCGGUCCCUGGGAACUCUGCGUUUCUUCCGGUGGCUGUAUGAGCGGUUUCGGCUCCCCGCGGCCCCGGUCUACGGAGGGUUUCCUGUCAAAUUCCGGACUUUCCUUGGAGACCCCAUUCCAUACGACCCCCACAUCAGCGCCGCACAGCUGGCUGAGAAGGUGCAGAAGGAGGUCCAGGCUCUGAUCGACCAACACCAGCAGAUCCCAGGGAGCAUCCUCAGAGCGUUGUGCGAGAGGAUGUUCGACCUCAGACAUCCUCACACUGUGUUCAUGUCCGACCUCAGACAUUCUCACACUGUGUUCAUGUCCGACCUCAGACAUCCUCACACUGUGUUCAUGUCCGACCUCAGACAUCCUCACACUGUGUUCAUGUCCGACCUCAGACAUCCUCACACUGUGUUCAUGUCCGACCUCAGACAUCCUCACACUGUGUUCAUGUCCGACCUCAGACAUCCUCACACUGUGUUCAUGUCCGACCUCAGACAUCCUCACACUGUGUUCAUGUCCGACCUCAGACAUCCUCACACUGUGUUCAUGUCCGACCUCAGACAUCCUCACACUGUGGGUAUGUCCGACUUCAGACAUCCUUACACUGUGUUCAUGUCCGACCGCACACAUCCUCACACUGUGUUCAUGUCCGACCUCAGACAUCCUCACACUGUGUUCAUGUCCGACCUCAGACAUCCUCACACUGUGGGUAUGUCCGACUUCAGACAUUCUCACACUGUGUUCAUGUCCGACCUCAGACAUCCUCACACUGUGUUCAUGUCCGACCUCAGACAUCCUCACACUGUGUUCAUGUCCGACCUCAGACAUCCUCACACUGUGUUCAUGUCCGACCUCAGACAUCCUCACACUGUGUUCAUGUCCGACCUCAGACAUCCUUACACUGUGUUCAUGUCCGACCGCACACAUCCUCACACUGUGUUCAUGUCCGACCUCAGACAUCCUCACACUGUGUUCAUGUCCGACCUCAGACAUCCUCACACUGUGUUCAUGUCCGACCUCAGACAUCCUCACACUGUGUUCAUGUUCGACCUCAGACAUCCUCACACUGUGGGUAUGUCCGACUUCAGACAUCCUCACACUGUGGGUAUGUCCGACCUCAGACAUCCUCACACUGUGUUCAUGUCCGACCCCUUUUCACACUUCUGGUUCUGGGUGACAUCACACGGAUGCUGCGUUCGUGUGUUUGAGUGUAAAUGUAACAGCAGCAUGAGGUCAAGGUUGAGUGGAUGA